CUGUCUGCCGCUUCCUCAGGAGGAACCCCAGAGUGUCCAUGUCCCCUCUGCUCGGUGCGUAGGGAGCGCACCUCGGCCAAGCGCAGCCACUUGUGACCUCAGUUUGAUUCAGACCAAGCAGCAGUAAGGCUCAUUUGACGCUGCAGUAGACAUCCCGCCAGACAAAGCUUGGUGGGUGAUUUAUUCAAGGACACUGGGCGGCAGUACAGGAGGUCAGUGAUGACAUCUGCAAAAGAUUAUCCAGCUCUUCCUGGUUCCUAACCACAUUGCCAUGGCAACAGGAAGAAAAGGUUCCACCUCCAAGGGGGGUGGGGUGCGUUUCCCUGACGAUGAUGAGCCCCCUGGCUCUCCGACACGGCGAGACGACCAGUCAAACAAUGCAACCCUCAUCGCCAUCUCAGAAAAGGAUGGCAGCUAUCUGGUCAAGGCUGGUUUCCUGAAGAGUCACCACUGUUACGAGAUUGUCUUCACCGUCCCUGAUGUGCCCUCACUGGGCAGAGAGCUGUGCUGCCUCCCCUUGUCCUCCAUCAGUCUCCGGGUGCACCGCAUUACCUCCACGCUAGAGGGUGGAGUAAAGGUAACAUGUGAGUACAGGACUCACCAGGAGGGGGUCCUACAGGAAGAGAUCACUCUGGUGACCAGAGGAAAGAAAGACACCUGUAUAAAAGUCAGGCUCCAGGCCAGGGUCAUAGAUCCACAUCAUGGUACUCCCAUGCUGCUAGAGGGAGUGAGGUGUCUGGGCGCUCGGAAAGGUGCCCAGGAAAGGCACAGCAGUGACCGCAAGAGGAUAUGAGCCCUCCACAUAUGCUCAUCAGUGUUCUGAGGCUUGGUCGGGGCCCAAAGUGGCAACAUGGGAAAAUUGAAAUGCAGAUUAGAAACAGUUGAUGUCUGUAUUUUUACCUGACAAUCUAGACAAUUUUGUAAUGUUAUGUGGUUCCAUCAUGGCAUUCCCUGAAGUUCUUGAAAAGAAUAAAGGCUAAAUAAAAUAACAUAAUAAAAACUAAAAAAUUGAUGAGAUGAGACUUCAAGAGCCCUGCAGAGCCAUUUUGGGUCCCGACAAACAUUUGCUUAAUAAUGAGGACUGUCAGUGUGAACACCACCGGCCCGCAGCCCUGGAUGUGCAUUUGACAUAAAACUAGAUAGCCAUGAAGCCUCUGUUGUCACAGAGGGAGACCAGCACUGAAGUCAAGCCAGCUUACACACAUGCACACAUGCACACACGCACAAACACACACACACACACACACACACACACACACACACACCAAGCCCCAAAAGUAAAAUCGCACUGGUCAGAACUGCACACAGUCACACUGUUACAAUCAACUGUUUUUCCAAAGCCAAGUUACCAAGAGUUCAGGAUACUGCUAUUAUUUCGUACUGUUAGUGUUAGGAUAAAAUAUUAAAUUAUACAAAUACUCAAAAUUUAAAUGGCCCUUUAAACAUCCAUAUGAAACUGAAAUGCCCAUGAGAAACUCCUUUCCAUCAAAAGCCACAGGCAAAACCCCCCUUCAAAAUGCAAAAAUGGAACUUAAAAACAGCAAUGCAUUGUAAAAAGGAAAACUCACAAAAAUCUCAGCCUCACCAGCAGGUGAGCAGGAAUGGUGGAGAGAAUGUCCAUCAGGUGCUGUAAUUUCAUCUUUUGCUCCAGAUUUGUAGUAUUUUCAGUUCAUGGAAACUUUUAUUUCAGUCAUAACUUAAAUCUACAAAUUAAGAGCCACUAUUUUUUUCUUCACGGGUAACAAAUCUUCUCUCUCUGCUCCCUGGUUUCUCUCUCCUUGCCCCAACCAUUCCUUCCAAUUUGAUUCUUCCUUUGUUCUCUGGCCCCGCCCCCCCACAGGACCCACCAGUAGGCACUGACAUGACCAUUUCUGAACACUGGGUAUUUAUUCAUUACGGGCCAGGGUUUGGCAUGAAACACACACAAGGCAGAUCUAACCCUGCAAGGCUUUAAAAAUUUAGAUCAACCAUCAACCAUUGGAGUGAGAGUUGAGAUGCUUGAACCCAUGACCUUGUGCAUCUCAGGCAUACUGCAACCUCACCCAAACAACUUGUUAGCUGUCAGUGACAAUACAUGUUUAAAGAUCUCGUACACUUACCUGGAGUAGCUCGGUUCUAACAUGAGGAGUGUCAUUUUUCUGUCUGUUUCACUUAGUUCUCAGUAAGUAGUGCGGGUGUGGAAGCCCGCUCAGCGAGAUCAGUUUCUGGUUUGCCAUCAUGUCCAAAGUGGAGGCCUCACACUCCAUGCCCACCCAGAGAGAGAGGCCAAGUGUCUCUCCUCCAAUAGUCUCUUGUCAUACUUGCACCCUCACACGCAGACCUUCCUUUGUCCCCUAUUUGAAAUCUGAUGUCGAUCUGGCAUCACUGAUCUGAUGUUUAAAUAUAUCAUUUCAAUAAUUAUAAAUAUGGUUCUAUAUUUUUGCAUUUUUGGUAAUAUUCUUUUUUCUAAUUCUUUACUAAUGUUUCAGUAUUUUAUGUAUUUAUGUAUUUAUUUAUUGUUAUUUUUACCCAGAAAACAUGGGGAUUUCUUGUCUUUAAAUGUGUGUGAAAGCCUGAGGCUGUGUUUAGAUGCCUUUCACAAGCAUUUAAACUCUUCCUCAGUUUGCUGAGGAUCCUAGAUGCUAGACGACCCCCUGGGGUCCCUGGACCCCUCUUUCAAACCCACUGGUCUAACAAAAAAGGUCAAAAAAAAAAAAAAAAAAAAAAAAGCAAAUACACAUUAUUGUCCUGUUACUGUCACCCAGUCACAACAUUAAUUAAACUGAUGCUGGAUAACGUUUAUGCCAAGAAAUAGAUUAUCUUGACUGCGUUGAGCACUGCAGGAAGAGGUUCUCCAAAGGCAUUUUAUUCCACCACACAUGAAGUUAGAAUAAUUUUGUUAGCUUUACAUGAUCAACAUUUUAAGACAUCGCUAAUGGGACUCUGAUUGCACUGGAGCUUUCCACUGGAUCUAAUUGACAUAUUGCAAGUGAAUUUGUGUUGCAUGUUGAACAUGGGAAGAUUGAAAUCAGCAGGUGUUGGACAGUGUUCAGUAACAGGCUGACACACCGAUGACCUGGGGCCAUUUGCUCAAGUACAUGUGGGCAGUAUUGGUGCUAGGAGCCAAGCUAGAAACCCUGUUACUACUGGGCAGCGUUUCAAACCAAUCCAGCUGUCUAACAACACACUUUACAGUCACAGAUAUAAAAAAACAAAACAAAAACAAGAUGUGUUAUUCCAUGUUGUGCUUAUAACCCUAGAAAAUGUGGGGUGCAGUAAAGUAAUUUAUGAACCAGCUGAAGAGGAGAACCCUCAAAGUGUCCAUCAGUGCAGUUUACCACAGGCCAAGACAAUCCCAGGGGCCCAUGGACAGGCUGUCACAGGAGAGUUUAGUUUUACUUUCUUAAUUUUUAACCAAAGUUUUCUUAAU